AACUCAUUUGUGGCUCUCCAGACUCCCAUUCAAAUUAUCCGAGCAAAAAAUGGCUAAAGAAGAAGUUGAAGAGAGACCCGCGAAAGACCAGCGGCAGAAAGCAGAAGAGAAAACAUUCAAGUUUCGAUUAAACUCUGACACAUAUUCAGUGGCUUGUGAUGCAUCCAUGACUGUACUAGACGCUUUGAAUACAAGUCAGAUCUUCAAGAAGGAAAAAGAAAAACGUACAAACAAAGACAAAGCUGUACUUAUUCAAAGAUUGAAAGAAAUGCCAAGAGCCGCUGUAAAGACCGAUUUCCCCUGCUGUCUUAUUGAUGAUGAUGAGAUCAUAGAAGUAACCUUCAUUAAAAAUGAUGAAGGUACUUCUAUGCAACAAAAUAUUACUGAAAAAGGGCAACAUCCAUCAUGCAGUAACCCUAAGAUGUUUGUCACUUUCUGCGUUGCAAAAAAAGGAGGAGAGAAAGUGAAUGUCUUACUUAAGAGCAAAGCUCUGAGAGUCAGGGUUCAGUAUGUUUGUGUUUAUGCACACAAAGGAGAGACAUUAAAAAGAGCUCUUAAGCGUGAUGGAAGAUUCAGAAAAAUCAUAUUCAAUAAACACUGUGCACUAUCUGAGUUUGGCACCGAGAGCAAGCAUGAAAUGUCACACCCUGUUAAAAAACUUCACCGAAAGGUGUUCAAAGUAGUUGUUCUCAGUAAUGCCAUACAGCCAGACAGUCUAGAAGAAUGGACUUCAGUUUACACUGAACCUGAUGUAGCGUCAGAUGCUCAGGUGGCAGAUGAUGUUGGCAUCAACCAGAUCUCUGUUAACACUGAGAAAGAAAUAAAACAAGAUAAAAAGUCCACAUCUAAGCAGCCUGCACCUAAAGUCAUUCCAAACUCUGAAGAGAUUCUGGGAAUUCUGCGUGAUCAGUUUAAAGGUUUACAAGAAAAGCUAAAGGAGCGAGAGAACCUCAAGAACAAAUCUCAGGUGCAGAAUUUCUUCAGAGGAGAAUUUGCUAAAAGUGUUGAAAAUUUCUUGGAGGUGAAGAAAGUGAAGAUCCUUGCAAAGCUUUCAGAUUCUGUAUGUCAGAUUCGAGUGGAGGGUUCACCCAUGGGAACUGGAUUCUUACUAUUCGGCAGAUUUAUCCUAACUAACGCACAUGUGAUUGAGCCCUUUGCUAGUUGCAUUCAGAAACAACCUGAUCUAUUUAGGCUCCGAAAAACAGUAACAGCUGUGUUUAAUUUUGAAGAUCACCAGUCAAGAGUGACAGAACUGUCAGUGAAUGCAGAUAUUUUUGCCGUUGCUUUGGGAAGAAACAGCGAGGAUAGACAUCUUGACUAUGCCCUUCUUGAACUGAACAAUGAUCCACCUGCUCACCUUCCUAAAUUGCUUUAUUAUCACAGCUUUGCCCCUCCUCGUGCUGGUAGUCAGAUCUGCAUCGUGGGCCAUCCGGGUGAAGGGGUGAAGAAAGUGGACCCCUGUUUCUUCAUUGGUAAGAAACAUGAACAAGAGCCUAUAGAUGAUCAAUUUCAAGUCAUUACACAAAAAUAUUUAGAGAAAGUGGAAGAAAAUCAGAUUCCUUAUCACACUUGUUUCUUCAAUGGAUCUUCUGGCUCCCCAGUUUUUGAUGAACACUGCUAUCUGAUCGGUAUCCACACCGGGGGUUUUAAUCAUAAAGAUAUAUUUGGCAAAGAACAAAGAGUGAUAGAAUACGCUUAUUCUCUGAAGCCCAUCCUGGAUGACAUCAAAAUACAGGUGGAGAAAAAGGAGGAGAGCAAAAGAAACUACAUCUUACAAAUCUUAGAAGAUCAUAGAGAUAUAAGCGAUAUGGAGACGGCAGAACAUCAGAUUCUCAACAUUCAAGCAAUUCCUAUGUGAAUAAUACUGCAAAGCUCUGUUUAUGUAAGAUAAAAUAAAUACCUUAAAAAGUGGACGAUUGUGCACUAGUCAGACCUGAAUAGAGAAUGGAUGAAUUAUUAAUUAAUUAACCAUAAAUCAUAUGCAAUGUUUUAUUACAAAUUACACAAGUGGCCUAUUUAAAAAAAAAAAAUGGAUUCAUCUUUGUUACAAUGAUACCGACAGCCAGUCAUAGCAGUGAGUGAUUUUCUCUUCUUCUUUUCUUAUGUAGUCAUCAUUUUCUGUCAUCAUUUUCUCACUCUCAUAUUGUUACAAACAUGAAAUAAAUUUCUUGUUCUGAUGAACACAUAGAAAUUUUGAGGAAUGUUUGUAACCAAACCGUUCAUUAACCCCAUUCACUUCCACGGAAGUCCAUGUACACCCAAGUAACCACCUAAACCGGCUUCAUGGUAUAUGCCCCAGGGCAAUCAUGUAAUGAUAUUUUCAUCAGCGAGCUACACUUAUUACUUGAUCGCGUGUCACUGCUUUAGCAAUAAAAACACAUGAGAAAGUGUCAUCAAGUUAUCAUAAAAUAUGAAAACAGUCAAAGUUAUCAGGGGUUAAGGUACUAACUACUCAUGUUAAAUUAAAGUAAUAAACCAAUGAAG